CUUGGAUGUGGCAUGCAUGGCUCUCCUGCGUACUGCGUCGGCAGAAUCGCGUACGCGAUAAAUCGGCCGUGGCUCCGCGGGGGUACGGCUGCCGUGCACGGUAUUAUAAAAGCCAGGGUGUUUUCAAGACACCGACACGCACUCUCCCCACCAUUCAACACUCCUCAUGCAGCAGAAGGUACUCAUCCUCACUGGCAAGCUUAGCGAAUCGAGCGGCAAGUUCGUCGUCGACGUCAAGGAUAUGCCGGAGCCUGGUCCUGGCUACGUCCUCGUCGAGGUUCAUGCGGCGGCGCUGAACCCGAUAGACUGCGCGAUGGCGGACACGGGCCUCUUCGUCAAGGAGUGGCCCCUUACUUUAGGUUUCGACGCUGCAGGUGUCGUCAAAAAGCUUGGUGAAGGCGUCACACACUUCGCAGUUGGCGAUAAAGUCAUGCAUGCAGGUACCCAUGUAGAUCCAGCAGUGUUCACGUUCCAGCAGUACGUUGUUAUGCGCGCAGAAUUUGUUGCGAAAGUUCCUUCGAAUAUCACUCUAGAUCAGGCUGCCACCAUUCCUUUGACGAUGGCGACUGCCGCUCUUGGGCUGUACGACAAGAAACAAAAACCUUUUGGUGGUAUUGGUUUAACUCCGCCUUGGGAGGAAGGUGGCCGAGGCAAAUAUGCUGGCGAGCCCAUUGUCAUCCUGGGUGGCGCUUCAGGUGUUGGCCAACAUGCAAUCCAGUUUGCUAAGAUCUCUGGAUUCUCUCCUAUUAUCACAACGGCUUCGACGAGCAACGAAGAAUACCUCAAAUCGCUGGGCGCGACACAGGUCGUCGAUCGGAACUUACCCCUGUCUGAGCUCUCGUCGCUCGUAAAGCAGAUCACAGACAAGCCGGUCAAGUACGGCUUCGGCGCAAUCGGGACCCCGGACGCGCAGGACGCACUCUAUGAUGUGGUCGCAUCCGGCGGCCAGCUGCUCCUCGUCAAGCAGCCCACGAUUGACGAGGCAAAACUCGCAAAGGGAGACAAGUAUGUUGGGCGCGUGUUUGCGGACGUCCAUCUGCCGGCACAGCAGGAAGUCGGCAGGGGCCUGUACGCGCAUCUCACUCGCUUGGUCGAAGCUGGAGAUAUCAAACCUACGAAGCUGGAGGUGCUUCCGAACGGUCUGGCGGGGAUCCCCGAAGGGCUACAGAGGUUAAAGAAGGGAGUGAGCGCGCUCAAAUUUGUCGCGCGUCCUCAAGAAACUCCUUAAGCUUUUUCCAUCGACGUUAAGGGGCUGAGCGAGCAGAGUCACCAAUACCAGUGUGAAGAAGCAGGAAAUAUUCGUAAAGGCAUUGAAUUUCGUCAAUAAGCAGAAGGAAAAGGUCACGGUAAAGGCCAUAGGAUAUAGGUAACCUGACUCUAGC